AGUCCUUCUUCAUCGGAACAAUAAAAAAGCUGCACAGCAUAAGUGAGGCGGGUUGAAGCAACACGGUGCGUGUGCGUGUGCUGCUGCAGCCAUGGCGCUCGGCUGGAUCGCUCUGUUCUUCGGCCUGGGACUGGCAGCAGCUACGUUAACAGGCGAUACAGAAACAGAUGUUGAUGAGGGUCACGACUGGGACAUCUUCAACAUUAAUGAAGUGGCUGGGCUGGACCUGAUGGAGGGAGACAUCCAACAUGAGGAAACAUUCGACAGAAACUCCAUUAUCGGAGACAAGUACCGCUGGCCAACAACCAUUCCCUACUACCUCGAGGACAGUCUGGAUAUGAACGCAAAGGGAGUGAUCCUAAAGGCGUUUGACCAGUACAGACUGAAGACCUGCAUUGACUUCACGCCAUGGAAAGGAGAGCAGAACUACAUCUCCGUGUUCAAAGGGAGCGGAUGUUUUUCCUCUGUGGGCAACCAGCAUGUGGGGAAGCAGCGUCUGUCCAUCGGCAACAACUGUGACCGCCUGGGAACCGUUGAGCACGAGUUCCUGCACGCUCUGGGCUUCUGGCACGAGCAGUCCAGAGCCGACCGGGAUGAUUACGUCAACAUCAUGUGGGAUCGCAUCGAGCCUGGUAAAGAGCACAACUUCAGAACGUAUGACGACACAGUGUCCAGCGCUCUGGGCGUUGCCUAUGACUACGGCUCCGUGAUGCAUUACAGCAAGACGUCCUUCAACAUCGGCUCUGAGCCCACCAUCGUCACCAAGAUCCCCCACUUCAUGGAUGUGAUUGGCCAGAGGAUGGGCUUCAGUGCCAGUGACCUAACCAAGCUCAACAGCCUCUACAAAUGCACCAAGUCGUCCACCUUUGUGGACAGCUGUUCCUUUGAGCUGGAGAACAUUUGUGGGAUGAUUCAGGGUCACGGAAAGACAAAGUGGGAACGGCGCAGUUCUACCAGCGGAGGCCCUCAGACCGACUUCUCCACCAUGGGGCAAUGUGAAGGAAAAGGCUACUUCAUGCACUACAGCACGGCCUCGGCUGAACCCGCUGAUCGUGCGCUCCUGGAGAGUCGUUGGCUGUACCCCAAACCUGGAGCCCAGUGUUUGCAGUUCUUCCUCCACAACACUGCCGCAGCUGAUGACGCCCUCAACAUCUGGGUGAGAGAGUACGACGGGGUCAACCCGAGUGGGAAACUCAACCUCUUCAAGACUAUUUCAGGAGGGGUCAUGGGCUCCUGGGAGCUCCAUGACAUCAAUCUGAAUGUGAGCCGGAAGGCCCGUGUGGUUUUUGAGGGUGUGAGGGGAAAGGGUCCAUCGAAGGGAGGCUUCUCUCUGGAUGACAUAAACCUGUCUUCCACAAAGUGCCCCCAGCACAUCUGGCACAUCCGCAACAUAACCCGCCUGCUGGCCACCACCCCAGCAGGAGAUAAGCUGUACAGCCCUCGCUUUCUCUCACCAGCGGGUUACUCCUUCCAGGUUGGAGUGUACAUCAACGGAAGAAGCGACCGCCCAGGAUACUUGGCCACCUACUUCCACCUGACCUCAGGCCCCAACGACCACAACCUCAAGUGGCCGUGUCCGUGGCAGCAAGCGACCAUGGCCCUGAUGGAUCAGCACUCUGACAUCAGAGAGCAGAUGAACAUGCACCGAAUGGUCACCACCGACCCCGACAAGAUGUCGUCAGACGGCAAUGAGUACUACUGGGACAAUCCCAAGAAGGUGGGCUCCAAAGUAACGGCGUCGGACGGCAGCUAUUUCUACCGUGGCCCGGGCAGUGGGACGAGCACCUUCAUCACCCACAGCAGACUGAAGAGCAGAGAGUUCAUCAAGGGAGACCAGGCCUUCUUCCUCUUCAGUCUGGAAGACAUAUCUGCUCUGCAGGCCUCUCGGCCUCUCGACCGCCCCGCGGUCCAAGCCGGCGCCAGUCCGGCUGCAGACCAGGGGGCUUCGGAGGGGGCCGCUGGAACCCCCGCGGUGACCACAGUUGUGGUGGGGUCCGCGGUGGCGGUGAUACUGGUGGUUUCCAUGGCGAUCUUAGGGAACACCUGGAGGAGGAGGCGGCAGAAGAGCGACGCGGCGGUGAUCAUACAGGACAUGCCUGGAUUCAUGGAAGAGCAGCCGACAAAGGAUUUAACAUCCAUUUUCACAACUUCAUGAAGUUCUAAUCAAAAGGAAGAAAUCGGGACCCCUCUUUGAAUUAAGCAUUAUUGCAUACGAUUUUGUCUCCAGGGUCUCUACCUUAGAAUUGCUGUUCUGUUGUUGUCCUUUAUUUUUCACAUAAUACAUUUCAACAGAUUCAAAAAAAAAUUAAAUCAAAUAAAUGGCAAAACUGUUUAAAAUAAAACAUUUGCUAUGAACAUGUA